GUUAUCCACCAGGGGCCAGCAUGAUAUGAUUGGUCGUUGUGAAGUCUGAUAUCCGCAUGAUUUUUAGGAUCUAUCCCGAGCUUUCAUUGAAUUGGAGCAAGAAAAGGAAUUUUCCACGCCAACGCACUCAAAUUGUAUCGCAAUACUAGACAGCGGACCGCAAUCAUGGGAGGUCCUAAUCUCGAAGUGUUCAAGGUAAAUAUUACCAGUUCUUCCACAGUUCAGCAUAUUAGAUACCACUUCAGACCCCGCCAUGGAAUCACAAUCUGACAAUAGAAUAGUUUGGCAUGUAUAUCAUGUUUCCAAUCGCAAUCAUGUACUACUAUGGCACAAAUCUCGACCAACGGUUCUCGGUCCCAGACUUCUGGCCGAAGGUUGAGCAAACCAAUCGCAUACCGUUUGAGAAGGAUGAGAUCAAAGCGGAGCUGGAGAGAUUGAGGCAAAAGAGAUUAUAUUUGAGAGAGCAAAGGCUGCGGGGCGCUAACGGCUCGAACGGGGAAGAGAAAUGAUGAAGAGGAUAAAAUUGAUGAGGAGAAUAGCAACAGGGUGGCGUGUGGGGGAAAUGACGACAAACAUAUCGCAUGGAAUGGUCAUGGCAUAGAAUUGGUUACAAGGCAGGCUGGCGUUCAAGGCG